AUGUACCAAUGGACCUUAUUGACAAAGAUCGAGGAUAUAUUUGCAAUAUGUAUCGGAGGGGAAGUGUGUGCAUUAUUGGAGAUCACAGGACUACCCCAGGGCUAUCGCAUGCAAUUUGGCUCAAGGACUGAAUUAGAGUCCUUUAUCACAUAUAUAUCGGGCUAUUCAAGACUAACUGCGAAGUGGAUGACUGAUUUGUGUGCGAACUUCCAAACUCCCUCCUUACAAAAACUGAAGGACCUCAAAUGCCAUGGACCAAUUGGUGGUGCGUUUUCCUUCGCCAAAUUACGAGAACUAUCUCUAAAUGGUGCCACCUGCCUAAUCCGUCAAUGCGAAAAAGAAUACGAUGUAUAUUAUAUUGACAAAGCGAAGACUAAACUGGAAAAAAGUUUGGCGGUGGAUGUACUCACUACUAAAAUAACCAGAGAAAAUAACAAAUGGCUUCUACAUUCAAACGAUGGCGUAAAAGCAUUUGAUGAUUUAAAGGAUUUAAGGAACUCUAUUUCAACAAAAAUUCUAUGGCCAUCAGAAUACGAAAAGGCACCACUUCUGCUAAUUUGUUUGCCAAAAAAUUUACAACCAAAGAAGACUGACACGGAAUUAAGUGAUGCUGAACUCCGAAAAAGAAAAGUCCAAAUAUUUGAUCGGAAACAAGAUCUGCGAUGGUAUCAGAAUACAGAACGUAUGUGCGAUAACGGUAAAAUAAUGUUAGUUCGUGGAGACUGGAUCCAAGGAGGCGUCUGCAAAGACGUUAGUGUUAUGCUAAAGAUAUUUUUAUCAGAAAGUAACCCCAAGGAGUUCACGGACUUGGCCAGCUUUUGUAGUCAAAUUUUUUCAGCGCAAUUUUUAAAACUACAUGGUUUAACCUUAAAUACUCCUUAUACAAUGGUAAUGGAGUAUUAUCAUGCGCCACUCGACGAAUUUCUUCGAAAGAACAAAGACGAAAUAUCUCUCCAAAUGCUAAUAUCUAUUGUAUAUGAUUUGGCGAGAGGUAUCGAAUAUCUGAGAGUGAAACAUAUGCAUCAUGGAUUUAUUCGCUGCUCUAAUUUGUACGUGACAAAAUACGACCUGAAAUCCAAUUGCAUCGAGACGAAAAUUGGCGAUCCCGGAAUUCGUCGUGCUUAUUCCCACGAAGAUUUACCUUGGAUACCUCAGGAAUAUUAUAAUAAUCCCGAUGGUGUUCGCGGGGACGAGUGUGCAGAUGAGUGGGCCUUCGCAACAACUAUUUGGGAGAUAUUUGCAUAUGGUAAGAGCAUAUUGGAAGAGCUCGAAUGCAUUGGGAAACCCGCCAAAAUUGUUGAAAAGCUACUAAUGAAUCGGUCUCGAACCGGUGGCAUACUACUCAAACCAAGCGAAUGUUGUCCAGAAGAGAUCUCUAAUAUGAUGUUUGACGGCUGGAGUUUGGACGCUUCCAAUCGGUUUCAAACAGGAAAUAUCUUCGGUACGCUAAACACUCUCAUAGGAAGGUACAGGCCUAGUUAUGAACGUAUUUUCACAAACGAACGCGAAGACCAUCUUCCAUACGAAGAUAGUGAUAGUGAUAAUGACAUGGACAAUGAAAAUAGUGGGAAUUGCGAUGCUUUCUCAAGUCAGUCGAUUACACCGUUUAUUUCCCCCAAUCAAGGAUUUUCACAUACUGGAAUGCCUGGUCGCCCCUGGGAUGAUACACAAUGGGUUUUAACAUUGCCAAUUGGAAAAGUUAUUAUUAUUAAACAAGUAGCCCAGGGUCAUUAUGGCACUGUGCAUUGGGGCGAAUUACGUUACAACGAUCCAAAUACAGCGCCAGAAGAAGUGGCAGUGAAGAAAUUUAAACCUGAAGCUACAUCGAAUCCAAAAGAUUUCUUACGGGAAAUAAAAAUAAUGCAGUCCAUGAAUCAUCCGAACGUUGUUAAAAUUAAAUAUUCAGUCCGAAAGCCCAUUUCUAUCGUAAUGGAAUACGUGUCUGGAGGUUCGUUUCUUGUACUUUUAAAAACCUCCAAUUUGACCAAUAAUAAGCUGUUACAUUUCGCCAGUGACAUUGCUAGGGGCAUGGAAUACUUAGUGAGUAAAAAAAUUAUACACAGAGAUCUGGCAACACGAAACAUUUUGUGGGAUAAGGAGAAAGAUUAUGUUAAAAUAUCCGAUUUUGGACUAUCACAGUUUGCAAAUGCAGAUGGUUACUAUUGGGGAUUUAGCCAACGUGAUAUUCCCAUUAAAUGGUAUUCGCCAGAGUCCAUAGCAUACAAUAAAUUCUCCAUGAAAUCAGACGUGUGGUCUUAUGGUGUGACUAUGUUUGAAACGUUUUCGGGCGGAGAUAUGCCAAAUCUGGUUCCCAAUCGGGAGCUUAGUCAAGAUGAGUUUCUACAACGACUUCAACUGGGUGAAAGGCUCAGAAAACCAGAUUUGUGUCCACAAAUUGUAUACGACAAACUUAUGCUGCCAUGCUGGCAAGCUGAUCCAAAGGCACGGCCUACUUUUACGGCGUUGCUUGACUCUAUUCGGUCAAUUAUGUUCGAAGGGGCAGCCAUUUAACGUGCAAAAUUAAAAAAAAAAUUAUUACGAAAAUCUCACGGACCAUAUGAAAUUUACAAAUGCAAGUAAUUUACUUUGUCUAUUAAAUAUGGUACUUGCACCUCGGCCCAGCCAAUUUAUGUACAUACAUACAUAUUAAUUAAUUUACUUAUAAGUUUUUAAGUUAAAACUGAAAAGGAAAUUAGGUGUUACUUUGGUAUAUAUACAUAUUAUAUGUAGGUAGUUAAGAUUUGCAUUUUUAGAAAAGUGUAAGUAAGUGCAUUCAUACAUAUAUGAGGCCAUGAGAGCAGAAGUGGCCUAACCCAAAAAUUUUUUUUUGUAUGCUCCCCUACUUAAAAUAGUCUCAAACCAGAUAAAUUUUAAAAUUUAAGUCACCUAUUCUUUUAUUUUAAGGCAAAGAGCUUCAUCAAAUAAAAGAAUAAGCGACCUUUACUUUAAAAUCUAUCACAUUUGAAACUAUUUAAAGAAGUUACGUUACCUACCAGAAAAAAAAUUCCAGGUUAGGCCACUUUUGCUCUCAAUUGCCUCAAUAUGUAUGCAUACGUAUGUACAAUGUUGUGUCUUAGUUUCUUUAGAAUUCAUAUGGUUAUAUUUACGUUACAAUUAUACCAGAACUUUGUUUUAGAGUAAAGUAUAUUUUAAGAACGCCAUAUCUAAGCUUUUGUGAAUUUUUCCUUCGAUUAAAAUUAAAAUGUUUGGAAUAAAACCUUCACGAGUAUAAAUACAA